GGCCACGAGCCGGGGUCCCAGGACUCGCUAACUCUCCAGUGGCCCUUCCGUCCCCUCUCCCGCAGCGUGCUGAGCUACGUGGCGGGCAUCGUGUGGUUCCUGGCUCUGGCUUUCCCGCCGCUGACCCAGCGCACUUACAUGUCGGAGAACGCCAUGGGCUCCACCAUGGUCGAGGAGCAGUUUGCGGGUGGGGACCGUGCCCGGGGCUUCGCCCGGGACUUCGCUGCCCACCGCAGGAAGUCGGGGGCUCUGCCCGUGGCCUGGCUGGAGCGGACGAUGCGGUCGGUGGGACUGGAAGUCUACGCGCAGAGUUUUUCUCGGAAACUGCCCUUUCCAGAUGAGACCCACGAGCGCUAUAUGGUGUCAGGCACCAACGUGUAUGGCAUCCUGCGGGCCCCGCGUGCUGCCAGCACUGAGUCUCUGGUGCUCACCGUGCCCUGUGGCCCUGACUCUACCAACAACCAGGCCGUGGGGCUGCUGCUGGCACUCGCUGCCCACUUUCGAGGGCAGAUUUACUGGGCCAAAGACAUCAUCUUCUUGGUGACAGAACAUGACCUUCUGGGCACCGAGGCUUGGCUUGAAGCCUAUCACGAUGUCAAUGUCACUGGCAUGCAGUCAUCCCCUCUGCAGGGCCGGGCUGGCGCCAUCCAGGCAGCUGUGGCCCUGGAGCUGAGCAGCGAUGUGGUCACUAGCCUUGACGUGGCUGUGGAGGGACUCAAUGGGCAGCUGCCCAACCUUGACCUACUCAACCUCUUCCAGACCUUUUGCCAGAAGGGAGGUCUGCUGUGCACGCUGCAGGGCAAGCUGCAGCCCCAGGACUGGACGUCAAUAGACGGGCCCCUGCAGGGUCUGCAGACACUACUGCUCAUGGUUCUGCAGCAGGCCUCUGGCCGCCCCCACGGACCCCACGGCCUCUUCUUGCGCUACCGCGUGGAGGCCUUAACCUUACGUGGCAUCAACAGUUUCCGCCACUAUAAGUAUGAUCUGGUGGCAGUGGGCAAGGCUCUGGAGGGCAUGUUCCGCAAGCUCAACCACCUGCUGGAGCGCCUGCACCAGUCCUUCUUCCUGUACCUGCUGCCCGCCCUCUCCCGCUUCGUCUCCAUCGGCCUCUACGUGCCAGCUGCUGGCUUCUUGCUUCUGGUCCUGGUCCUCAAGGCUCUAGGACUGUGGAUGCAGCUGCAUGAAGCCGGCGUGGGCCCUGAGGAAGCUGAAGCGGCCUCUGGACCCAGUCCUCCCCUCCCCCCAGCACAGGGUAUGGGGCUGGCCUCGCUUGUGGCGCCCUUGCUGAUCUCACAGGCCAUGGGCCUGGCUCUCUACAUCCUACCAGUGCUGGGCCAACACGUGGCCACCCAGCACUUUCCUGUGGCCGAGGCUGAGGCUGUGGUGUUGACGCUGCUGGCCAUCUACGCAGCUGGCCUGGCCCUUCCACACAAUACCCACCGGGUGGUGAGCUCACAGGCCACGGACAGGGGCUGGAUGGCACUGAAGCUGGUGGCACUGAUCUACCUGGCACUGCAGCUGGCCUGCAUCACCCUCACCAACUUCUCACUGGGUUUUCUGUUGGCCGCCACCAUGGUGCCUGCUGCUGCGCUCACUGAGCCCUGUGGACCCCGGCCACUGUAUGCUGCGCUGCUGGUGCUGACAAGCCCGGCAGCCACACUCCUGGGCAGCCUGUUCGUGUGGCGGGAGCUGCAGGAGGCACCGCUGUCACUGGCCGAGGGCUGGCAGCUCUUCCUGACGGCGCUGGCACAGGGUGUGCUGGAACACCACACGUACGGUGCCCUGCUCUUUCCGCUGCUGGCUCUGGGCCUCUACCCCUGCUGGCUGCUCUUCUGGAACGUGCUCUUCUGGAAGUGACGUCUGCUCGCUCUGCGGCAUGAGAACUGGUGGGGACUCUCUGAACACCCUCGGACUCUCCUUCCUAGGAAAUAAACAGGCGUCUGGUUUCAGCUGCCCCUGGGCUCUGGCCCACUGUCUGCAUGGGGCCGCAUGGCCUGUGGUCUUGGCUUUACUUCCUGGAGGGCACUGCCCUGGCCCAUUUGCAGGAGGGCCAACCUGUCAUCAGGGUGCUGCCAGCAGGAGUGAGGGCCCCGGCCAUGAGUGCCCUCGCCCAGCCCUGGAAGAGUCUGCACGUCACAUUCCAGCACUGGGUGGGCUCAGGGGUCUGACAGGAGGGGACACGCCCAGAGACCUACUGCAUCAGUGUGGUCAGCCCUGGGGCUGAGGGGCGUGCAGUGGCUCUGGGUAGAGCAGGGAGGGGAGCCCAGCCUCCUUCCUCAGGGCUGAGCCAGCCCAGGCCAGGUGCCUGCAGCAGGUGGGGCAGAGGCAGAGUUGGGGAGCCCGCCCACCCACCCGGGAAGCAGACAGGCCAGGAAUGCUGGCCCAGGGAGAAGCUGCUGAUUGUACCGAGGUCCCUGAAAGAGCCAGGACGUCUGGUGUCCAUUCUGGAGGGAAGAAAAGCAGCGUGCCAGGAACACACCUCUUCACAGGAUUGACGAGGCGCUCCAGCAGCACCCCAUGGGCAAGGGGCCAUGUGCUACAGCACCUGGAGGGCCACAUCCCAGGAUGGUGUAGGCUGGGAAGUCCUGGGAGGAAGCUCCAGCCCCUCGGGCCUGCCUCGGGGGCUCAUCUGCUCACAGAGGCUCCCCUCGACACCUGGGGUUCCCUGGUUCCACAAUGAGGGGGUCAGCUGGAACUCACUCCCGCCCCCACUCCCAGUACCAACACCGAGAGGUCUUUUCUCCGGGGCCUCUCUCCAGAGAGGUCAUUGCUGGUCACCUGUCAAGGGGUAUGUGCACUCUCCAGUGUUGGGGGGACAAGGGUACCAGAACCCCCACUGUGACAAGCAGCCUGUCUGGUCUGCUUGUCCCCAAGGUCUGGCUGGAACCUUGAGCUGCUUUCCGUGUUGGACAAGCUGUCUGGCUCCUGGGGCUGGGGAGACACUUGCGACCCCCACCCCACCCUCAGUGCUUCCGGGAACACCUCCCCGGCUGGCCUCUCAGGUCCCUCCCCUGGCAAGUCCGGCACCACUUGACUGUAGGCCUCCUGUCUCCAAGACACCCAGACACCGCUCUGUCGUGGUCUCUUCUUGUCUCUGUCCACGUGGGCUGGCAUCUAAUACAAAAUCCUUUUCAGGCA